AAUUUGGCGCGCUCCCCUGACCUCUGACCCCCAGCUGACCUAACUAAGCUUCACGUUUUGGUUCGCGUGAGCGCCAACUGAUCAGAGAUUCUCUAACCUACUUUACAGACAAAACCGACAUUAUGGUGGUACAAUCCUGUAUACAUCUCUGAGUUAGUAAGUGAGUUUUAAGACCCCGUAUGGCUGCCCUGUAACUCUAUGGACUUGUACAUGAUGAACUGUGAGCUCUUGGCGACAUGCAGUGCUUUGGGGUACUUGGAGGGGGACACUUACCACAAGGAGCCAGACUGCCAUGAGACUGUGAAGGACCUGAUUCGCUAUCUGCGGCGCGAAGAUGAGACGCGCGACAUCCGACAGCAGCUCGGAGCCAGCCAGAUCGUACAGACGGACCUCAUCCCGAUUAUCAGGCAGUACCACGAUGACAAGCCGCUCUUCGAAACCAUCAUCAGGUUGCUGGUUAACCUGACCCAGCCGGCCAUCGUGUGCUUCGGGAAGGUUCCUAAGGAUAAGAUGUUCCGCCACUACUUCUUAGACGUGGUCUCCUACUUACAGGGGUACAAGGUGGCAUUUGCAGAUGAGGAAGUGUGGACUGUCCUCAGCAGAAAACUCUAUGAGCUCCUUCAACUGGAUUGGGAGAACCGGCAGGAGGAGGACUCCAUGCUGAUAGAACGGAUCCUCCUAUUGGUCAGAAACAUCCUGCAUGUUCCAGCAGACCCUGAGGAGGAAAAGCGCACUGAUGACGAUGCUAGUGUGCAUGACCAGGUGCUGUGGGCGAUCCACCAGAGCGGGUUCGACGACCUCCUGAAGUUCAUUGCCAGCUCAGACAGCGAGCAGCAGUGGUGCAUGCACGUUCUGGAGAUCGUGUCACUCAUGUGCAGGGAACAGACCUCGGAGCAGCUGGCUCGCGCAGGUCAGGGUCGCUCGGCAGGAGAGAAGGCGCAGGACGAACUUGAACUCCAGGCCGUGCGGCAGCGAGAGCUGGCCGACCGACAGGCACGAAUUCGCGCCCUCGGAACCAGACACUCGCGUUUCGGCGGCACGUUUGUGGUCCAGGGGAUGAAGUCCAUCAGUGACAAGGACCUGAUCUACCACCAGCCUCUGAAGGAGAUCAGCCAGGUGUCCUUCGACAGGGAGAAGAACCCGAAGCGAAAGCCGAAGAACCGCCAGCCGAUGAAAGAUGGCGACACGACGCGACGUUCCACGCUGAGUAUCCGCCUCUUCCUUAAACAGUUCUGCGAGGACUUUCUGGAGAACUGCUACAACGGACUCAUGCGGACAGUCAAAGAUAACCUGGUGCGUAUGAAGACCCAAGACCAUGAUGAGACCUACUACCUCUGGGCCAUGAGGUUCUUCAUGGAGUUCAACCGAGUUCACAACUUCAGGGUCGACAUGGUCAGUGAGACGGUGUCAGUCCGCACAUUCCACUUCAUCGAGACGAACCUGACCAACUUCUACGAGAUGAUGCUGACAGACAAGGAUGACAUCACCUCCUGGUCAAGAAGGAUGCACCUUGCCCUUAAGGCAUAUAACGAGCUGCUGAUGACCGUAAACGCGAUGGACGCCUCGAAGGACCCGGCCGUGAGAGACAGCGCCAACGUGAUCAAGAGUAACAUUUUCUAUGUGAUGGAGUACCGAGAGAUUUUCCUCACCCUCCUGAGGAAGUUUGACGAGACCAAACAGCCAAAAACGUACCUGAAGGACCUGGUUGAGACGACCCACGUGUUUAUCAAGAUGCUGGAGCGAUUCUGUAAGACCAAGGGUCACAUCGUUGUGCAGAAAAAACGCAAGAAGACCAAGCGCAGAAAACGGACAGCUGAGCAAGCUGGCCCUGCAGAGCCGUCAGAAGAAGACCUGAACACGGUGUGGGACGGGCUGAGCGGGGACCUUUCAACAUUCAUCCAGGGGGAGGGAGAGCUGCCCCAGGACGUGGCUCCUUUUGAUGCAGCCUUGGAUACCCCACUGGAGGAACAACGUGUGCAGGCGAUGAUCUCCAUCCAGGACAGUUUGAGGGGAGGAGACCCGGGUCGGGCACUGGCUACGCUGCGAGCUGCCAGAGAGGUGUGGCCAGACGGAGCGUUUGGUACUGCCGACAUCUCACAGGAGGAUGAAUUCAUGGCGCUAAGGGAGAUCUGCUUCACUGCCCUGCCGCGCCCAGCCACAGAACAAGCAGAAGAAAACCUGGAGCCAGAUGACGAAGGAGCUGGUGAACCUGAGGAAGAAGAAAUCCCUCAGUUCAACAUGACUGAGCAGGACUUCAACUUCCAGGACUACAUCAGGAGAUUCGCCAACCCCCAGAUGCUGAAGCCUUACGUCCGACUGUUAGCUGACUACCGUACCAACUCCGCCCACAUUAACCACUGCAUCGCCAAGAUGCUGCACCGCGUGGCCUGGGACUGUAAGAUGGAGGGUCUCCUGUUCCAAAUCUCGCUCUUCAGAAUCUUUCAGCGACUCUUGGAGGACCCCGCCGGAUCGUCUUACUCGGAAAUAACCAAGUUUGCCAAGUACGUCCUGGGGCGUUUCUUUGGCCUGGUGACCCGGUCGGGUCCGUCGGACGGAGGCGGAAACAUCUUCCCGGAGCUGCUGUUCUGGAAGGGAGCGAAGGAGGCCUAUGAGAUGACGGAAGGAUAUGGGUCCUACCAGGAAGUGAGAAAGCAUAAGCGCGGAGGUGCAGACUGGUCCCAGGACGAACAGGAAGAACUGGUCCAGUGGUACAACAAGUUCAAGGAGGAGGGCGGAGAUGUAGACAUUGUCGACCGGAUCAGACAGAACUUCUCUGACCCCAACAAGAACAGACAACAGAUUAUCUCUCAGCUGGUGUUUCAAGGAGUUGUCCAAGACACGAGCGAGCUCACGAGAAAGAAACGACCAAGACAGAGCGCCGUCUGGAGGGAGGAAGAGGAACUGCAGCUGCAACAUCUGUUUGACAAACACAAACAUUCAGACGAUCCAGUUGGUGACAUCAUGUCAGAAAUGACAGAAAAACGAUCCAAGAAGAAAGUCAUUGAGAAGCUGCUAGACAUGGGCCUGGUGUCGGAUCGGAAGGACCUCUACAAGAAACGGCGCCGAAAGGGCGGCAAGAAAAAGGACAAGGAAGAGGAUUUUAUGGUAGAUGAUGAAGAGGACAUGGCCGGACUGGAGGAGGGAGAGCCGGUCCCCUCGGAUGGAGAGAUGGAGGUCCAGGAUAGCUCCGACUCCGACAGUGAUGAAGAAAGCGAGGAGUCAGACGGAGAAGAGGAGACUGUCGCUUCACUGCUCAAACGGCUGCAGUUUGGAGCGAACAGCAGACGAUCGGGAGACAGACGAAAGCGGGGAAUCCGUGCCGAUCGUUCCACUGACGGAAGACAGUGAGACCGCCAUGGAACAUCGCACAUUCCAGAAACUUCUUAAGAUGGUCGGCCUGGCUCCUCCAGCUAACGAACAGGAGUCCUUCUGGAGAAUACCCGGCACCCUGUCCGCAGCCGAACUGAGGAAAAUGGCAAAUGUCCUCACCGGGAAGGAGUCAGCCGACGACCUGCCGACCAAGAAACAGUCAAGCAGCAGGUACAAGGCCUUAAAGGAGCUGGCGAAGAAACAAGGCAAGGAGAGGAAGAGGGGGAAACCAACUAGGCAAGAAGAAGACGAACCUCCGACAGCCAGUAAGUCGGGGAAGAAGCGCGCUCGACAGCUGGACUCUUCGGAUGAAGAAGACAAUGAAAGUUUGACCUCUGGGAGCUCUAAGCGUAGCAGGAAGGGGUCUGGCAGCAUCGAUCAAGAGGAAAGUAUGGAUACAGAGGAACAAGACAAACCUUCAGAAGAAUCCACAUCUGUAAGGAAGGCUCUCGAGUCAGACUCAGAUUCUGACGAAGACAACGUUCCCUUGCGUCAGAUCGCGCAUGCUCGCCGGCGAAUCGAAAGCUCAGACAGCGAGGAAGACAAGUAGACCAAAGAAGCGGUUUCAAAAAAGGCAAAGUUUCUUAAGGAUUCUGUUACUGUACAUGUGCUAAUUUUGAUGUACAAGUGUUAAUAAACUGGAGAACGCCAGUGGUUCAAUGUAUGUUAAACGGGGUAUGUACGAACUGUACAGUUUUGUACAUUGUAGUAGUCCUUAUUAAGUGAUAGUCGUGAUUUAAAACAAGUUGUAACAAAAUCAGUCCAUUUGUAGAAUCUAAAAUAUCUAUAGUCUUUUCAAACUAUUCUGUCAAAUUUGAUAUUCGGACCUUUGAGUUGGAUUAUGAUGUUACAUGACGGAUAUUACAUGUACAUGAACAAAAGUAAUGCUACAUUUGUAUAGUGUCCAGUUUGCUGUUUAGAGAGAAGUGAUACUAGUAACAUUACUGUACAAUGUAUGACUGUUUCAUGUUUAAGAGUCAUGAUUACAAGUAUGUACAUUUACAACAUCUUUGUAUGACCGUUCUGUUUUAUUGUAUGUAGCCCUUAAAAAGAUUUUUCACUCUUGGGUAACUUAAGAUUCAAUCCGUUCACAAGGCACACUUUGCAAUUUUUAACACUUA